AUACAAUUAUAGCUAAUGAUCAACCUUAUUUAUUUGAAGAAACUCCUAAAUAUUUAACAAGCCAGAUUGAAAUAUUUAAACUAGUAAAUGAAAAACCAAAAUAUUAUGAAGAAAAAGAAAGACAUUCAAAGAAUAAAAAAUUUGAAAGAAUCUUUUUAUCAAU